UUCCCAAGAGCGAUGGUUACCCCGACGCGUUCCACGAAAACAGUUCGCACAUGACUAGAAAACUGAACGGACGUUAGAGUUUUUUGGGCAUUCAUAACAAAAGAUUGAUUUUUUGAUAUAUCAGUCAAUCAUUUUGAGGUUAUACGCAGUUGUCAAAAAGCGCGGGGAAAAUCAUCGGUGGCGCGAAUUUUUUUUUCGCGCCGCGUGGACAAAGGAUUGUGUUGUUGAACGAAACUUUUUUGUGCUCUCCUGAUUCGACUUCGCAAGUGUGUUGGGACCUCUUUAAUCGAAAAGGGCCAAAAUGCCGUCUGAAGUGAUAUCGGAGAAGUCCCUCCAGCGAGAGCUGGCGGACUCCAUCAUCAGGAUGGUGCCGCUAGACGAGAUAAGGAUCCUCCUGGCUUGUGGAGCCAAGGUCAACGAACCUGUCACCCAAGGACUCCGCCCGCUGCACUACGCCAUCUGGCAGCGGCACCUGGAAGCGGCCAGGCUGCUGCUGGUACGUGGAUGUGACGUCAACGCUCGAGACGACUGCGGGUACAGCGCGUUGCAUCUCGCUGCGGAGCAUGGGUAUAAAGAGCUGGUGAAACUACUCCUGGAGAGCGGCGCAGCGGUGGACUACAGGCCGGACACUGGUGAAGAGUUCCCCCGGACGACGCUGUGCGAUGAACCUCUGAGGCUGGCUAUCAGGAACAAGCAUUAUGAGGUAGCCCGUCUCCUGCUAGAGCACGGGGCGGACCCCAACAAGCGUUACUUCUUCGGCUCCGAGAUCAACCUGGUCUCCGAUCCUGAGUACCUGGAGCUGCUGCUGACGUUCGGAGCCAACCCUGACUCCAGGGAUCGAGCUGGACUGACGCCGUUGAUGAAGGCUGCUAGGCAGAGGAAGGGCAUGGAUGCUGUCCUGCUGCUGAUAAGUUUCGGCGCCGACGUCAACGCGAUGGCGGACGCAAGGAACGACUAUCGCACCGUCAUGCACUACGCCGUGCUGGGUGCGUGGAUCUACUCCCCAGGCAAUACGGACGUGGUCAAUCUCCUGGUGAAGCAAGGCGCUCGGGUCAACUACCAGUGUCCGAUGGAAGUCAGCAAGCCGAGUCCGCUGGACUUGGCCAUUUUGAAGGGGGACGUGCCUAUGGUGGAACUGCUUUUGUCUGCAGGAGCUCAAGUGAACGCGUCGAGCUCGGUGAUCGGUGCUCCUCUACAUGUGGCCUGCUCCGACAACAUCACGAACAGGACGGAAAUAGUUAAAAUCCUCCUAGAAAGUGGAGCGGAUCCGAAUCUGAAGGUAUUCAACGACGAUGACGGCACACAGCUUCGGCCCGCGCUCGCCGAGUACCUUGCAAGCAACGUCGAGCCCAGCGCAGAGAUUGUGCAUCUACUUCUCAGAUAUGGCGCGAGGGUAAUCAUGAAAACCCAGUUCCGUGACCCUGAUGGCAUCCUCAACCACCUCCAGAACGUAACCGCAGAAGAGUACCAGAACAUCUUUUACAUCCUUUUAGAAGCGGCAGAAGCCUUCGACCUUUGCAUGAUAAAAAGAAAUAGCACGCUCACGGCAGUUCAAAAAGAGACCCUAAUAGAAAGAGCUAAGAAACCUAUCUCCUUGCUGGCUCAGACUAGGUUCUUUUUAAGGAAGUACUUUAGGACCGCCCUUGUUGAUAUUGUCCAUGACUUUGAUAUACCAUCAGUUCUCCACCGCUACCUUCUUUUCGAGUGCAGUUAAGCAGAUCUCGUUACUUUGGGGAUUAUUCUUGAACUGCAUUGUCAGUAUUUCUGAGCCUAAGUUGUUUAGGCCGAUUGUAAAGUCUGAUUUUGAUUCCUUGAGUCUGAUACCCUUAGUUUUUUGUCGGUAGAAGACAAUGAAUGGUCUAGAUUUGAACCAUGGACUGAAUGUCUGGACAUAAUUUAGACGUUUGUGUAAAAAGAAGGGCAUCAGAAGUAAAAUCCUUUUUUUCUCUUUAUUAAAAGUGUAUUUUUAUUACUCAUGCGUUGAAAAGGAAAGAAGUAUUUUCCUGAAUUGUAAUCAUAAUUGUAUUUCUAGUUUGUAAGACUUUCCCUGUAUUAUGUUAGGGGUAUUUUCUCGAAAUGUAAGUAGGUGUAAUAAACACGAAAAAUUUUCUUUUUUAUAAAAAAUAUUUAAAGAAUUUUUGAUAAAAAUAACCUUUUUCUAUUUAUUAUUAAUUUGGUCGUACCUUGCUCGGACGUUCAGGUUUCAUACUUUUUUAUACGUCCACAUGUUAUGUAUUUACCUAUUGUAUACCUGCAUUACCUACAAUGAAUAACAAUAAAAUAUUUGUAACUAGAGUCCAUUGAGGUUGUAUACUAUUAUUUACUAUAUUAUAUUUUGAUACUACAUACUUAUGUGUUUUUACGUAGUAGCCUGAUUUAAUGUGAUAAAUUGUGAUACUAUUGUUAAUUUUAAGAUUGAAAUAAUUUCAUUUAAAAAAACAAUAUCAUGUAAUCGUUUUCUACGAUAAAAUAAAAGUGUG